AGUGGAGUGUAAAUAGAGGUUUAUAUUGUUAAGUAUCCAUCUGAUUAACAGCAUCUUUGCAGGUUUAGAUCUGGUACCAGGAAGAAUAGGUGUAGAAAGUGUAGGAAGUGUAGAAAAUGAGUAAAGGCGCAGGAAAAAGAGAAGGAAACAAGGAACAGGAGGAAGGAACAGAGGAGUUAUUUUCUGUUUAAGAAAUUGGGAAGUUAGGUUUCUCUUCUCUUUGAAUAAAUCUCAUCAUAUAUGGGUGAAUUAUAAUGAUGUGAUGCAGUUGAUGCUGAUGGAUAAAUGAUUUGAAAUAGAAGACGGAGAUAAAGAGAUUUGAUACAGCGAGGAAGGUAAGAUCGAAACAAACUGAGGGGGGAGAAAGAAAGAGUGUGUGUGAGUGAGAGGGGGAGACAGAGGGAGAGAUGGAGGGGGAUUACUCCUCACUCCAGAAUACUAACGAGGGCCUUUUGUCACAGAUCUCUUUCUCUCUCCCUUCCUCUCUUCCGUUCUCUCGCUUUUCCUUUCACUCAUCUCACACACACACAAAUGCAGAUAUAAUUGUACCCUCUUCCAAAUUGCACACAAACGCACAUACGUGCAUACAAAAUCACACAUGUACACCUACAGUCACACACACAUACACAGAAAUACUCAUGUAAUUGCAAUCCCACUCUCACACACACACACACUCACGCACACAUAGAUGGGCACAGAGUCGUUUUUGUCAAUGGUGUCUUUUGUUUCUUUUAUCUCAGCUCCAAACAAAGCAUUCCUGUGUACACAGAGGAGAGAGAGAAGGAGGGAGCGAGAAAGAGGAAAGUAGAAAGAGAGAGAGAGGGAGAUCAGGAAAACAUUGAGCGCUCUUUUGUUUGGCAAAAGAAAAAGUUUUGAUUCACUUUUUGGAUUCGGCUCGCUGAGGCAGGGCGGUACAGUAAAGCUGCCGUGUUGCCAUGGAGAUGGAAUACAUCCUACUGGAGAGAUGACAUCUGCCACACCUCCAUCUUCUCGUAGCUCCUCCCCCCAGAAAGUUUGCCACUCCCAGACACAGACAGACGUAUUAAAACCCUUGCUCGGUGGGAUUUCCGGUGGGGGCGGGACUCUGAGGAAGAGGAGACGUGUUCUGUCCAAGGAUGGACGGAGCAAUGUGCGAAUUGAGCACGUCAGUGGGCGGAGCGCUCUUUACAUGCGUGACCUCUGGACAACGUUCCUGGACAUGCAGUGGCGCUACAAGUUCUUCCUGUUCACGGCCACCUUCGCAGGGACCUGGUUUCUGUUUGGGGUGCUGUGGUACCUGGUGGCACUGGUGCAUGGAGACCUGCUGGAGUUCGACCCUCCGUCAAACCACACACCCUGUGUGAUGCAAAUGCAGACCCUGACAGGGGCCUUCCUCUUCUCCCUGGAGUCCCAGACAACCAUUGGCUAUGGUUUUCGCUGCAUCACAGAAGAAUGUCCAGCUGCCAUCAUCCUCCUCAUCGUCCAGCUGGUCAUCACCAUGCUGAUGGAGAUCUUCAUCACUGGCACCUUCCUGGCCAAGGUUGCUCGCCCAAAAAAGCGAGGAGAGACCGUAAAGUUUAGCCAACAUGCUGUGGUGUCGACCAAUGAAGGUCGACCCUGCCUGAUGAUCAGGGUGGCCAACAUGCGCAAGAGUCUCCUGCUUGGGUGUCAGGUGACUGGAAAACUGCUCCAGACGUCUCUGACCAAGGAAGGUGAGACGGUGCGUCUGGACCAGAGGAACGUGCCCUUCCAGGUGGACACUUCCAGCGACAGCCCCUUCCUCAUCCUGCCCCUCACUUUCUACCAUGUCAUCGAUGACAGCAGCCCCCUGCGAGCCUGGGCAGCUAAGGGUGGGGGCUGGACAGAUCCAGAGCUGGCUGACUUUGAGCUGCUGGUGAUCAUGAGCGCCACAGUGGAGCCGACGUCCGCCACCUGCCAGGUCCGCACCUCCUACCUGCCUGAUGAGAUCCUCUGGGGCUAUGAGUUUCCUCCUGUGGUCUCCCUUUCCCCAUCAGGUAAAUAUGUAGCAGACUUUGCCUUCUUCGACAAAGUGGCCAAGACCAAGACCACGCCCAUUUUCAAACCGUCCAGCCCCCAGCAUGGCUACCAGAGCAAUGGGGGUGGGACUGUGCCUGAAGUGUCCGAUCCAGAGAAGAUCCGUCUGGAGCAGAGCUACAGGGAGCGAGGGGAGGACCGCGGCCGGUCCAGAGAGACUCCUCUUAGUGUUCGCAUCAGCAACGUGUGAGGAGAUGGUUGACUGGUUUAGAAGGGAGCAUUUCAUAGAGAGCAACUGUCAGGCGACUGUCAAGUUCAGUGUCGACAACAAACCACUGAAACGUCAUAUCAACACAGCUUUGGAUGCUGUCUUUUAGACGGUUUUGAACUUAUGUCAGAAAGAUAUUUGGUUCUCAGUAGCACCAAAUGAUUCAGAAAGCAAACAUGGAAGACUAUGGACGACUGUAUGGUCAACUUCAAGUUUGUCGUUGUCGUACAUUUGCUGGGAUAAUACUUGUUUUACACAGGUCUGACUGUAUUCAUAUGAUGGCAUAACACACUACCUAACUGCCACUACUAUUUAAAUUUGAGUGUGGCGAGCGCAGAUUCAAAUACACUGUAUACACUUUUAUCACUAAAAAAAUAAUAACAGGUGGGAUUAUUUAUUCACACUGAAAAAACAUCAAAAUAAGCAGAGGAGGGUGGAGAGGAUGGAAACCACAGUAGGCUCGUUUAGAUCUUCUCCAGAAUACUAAAUGCCAAAUGAGAAACGUACACACGAAAGGUGCAAGAAAGUAUGAGUGUAUAUUUUUUCCAGUGUAUCAACAGUGGGAGGGUGGAGUGGGGUGGGGGCACACUAUAAAGCAGGAAACACCCACAGACACUUUUGUAUAGAGGCAUAAAACUUCUACCAUACCUCCUCUAACAUACAUGUACAUGUGUUGUCAAUACACGCACAAUAUGUAUGUGCUACUGUACACACACAUUUAUUUAUAAAUGUCACAUGACUUUAAGUUUCUCCUCAUAUACGUUACAUGGAUGACUAAUGGCAGUAAUCUACGGUGACAAAACCCCCAUGCUGGUUUCCUCUCAACAGCCACAACUAUUUUUAUCUUUCCUGUUGAAAAAAAGGAGAAGUUCUGAGACUCCCAUGUUAAUUGUGUGUGUUGUACAUGAUACUGUACUCUACAGCACUGAAGCACUACUGUAGCACUACAACUAAAAUGUAGACAAACACACUGAGUAUACUGUGUUGAAGGUGCUCGGUGUACGACUGUUACCGCUCAAAACAGAAAGUUAGCACUUUAAGAACAUUUUGUACAUUUGCACCUUAGGAAGGUUAGCUGUCUGCAUUAUCUUACCAUAGGAAGAGAUGUUUUUAAUACGACUAAAAGCACUUACAUGUUGAAUAUCAGAGUUUGAAGCAGUUAGACACUUUAAAACCGAUGCCUCCCUCCUAGAAAGCUAAUUAGAAUCACUGUUUCUCUGGCUCAGUGGUUUUAAGGUAAAACUGACAAAUGAGAUAAUGUCUUAAGAUAAUCACAAACAGCUACUAUACAUGCAUGGAUGUAAAUGCCCAUUUGGUAAUUUUACUGCAAGCGCUUACAAAGCUCUCGCUUCUGUGUGAGGAAGGAGCUGUGAUUCUGAGAUACUAACACUGUCAAAUUAACAAUCCCUCAGCCCCAUUUUUCAGUCUAGAUGUCAAAGGACAUGAAGAAGACUUGUAAGAUGGAUACACCAGGUGAGUGUUGACAGAAUGUAAAGGUGAUGUUGUAAGUCACUGAUAAUUGUGAUGGAACUGUGUGAUGAUGAUGGUUAGGUACGACAGAUGAAGCAAAGACAAGAGUGAUGGAAAUGAUAUGAUAUGUUGGAAAUAACAUGUAUUUGUAAAAUUUCCUUAAUUAACAUCAAGCUGUGGAGUGUUGUUAGUAUUUAAAGUGCAGCUUGAGAGAUCAAAUGAGACAAUUCUCUCUAAAAAGUGAUUAAAUAAAGCUGAUUAUGAUUCA